CAACGCCUCCCUCGCGCUUGCUACGACCCCAGAUUUCUCAGAAGCAGGGUUCCAGAAAUCAACGGCGCAGCAUUGGCGCGACUAUUGCUUGAAGCACCCGGAAGCAGCCAUGACGCUGAGGAGAUCCGCCGCGGAGUUGUAUGUUGGAGUCAAUGACAAUGAGAUAAAAAGCGUGGGGGUGAAGUUUCGCCUCGGUGCGGAACUAUUGGCACCGGCGCCUGCUACCCGAUGAAGAACCAGAGGAUAUCAUGGCGAAGCUGGCGAUGACCAAAUAUAUCACCGCCCUGGACGCAGUCGCUUUUUAUCAACAGUGGCUUGUUGAUCCUGGGGGUCGCUGGAUGUUCACCAUGGCCACACCCGAAGCACCGUUACCCUUGACCUUUGGAAUAGAGACAAUAACAAGUCGUCCGAGAUUGUGCUGCUUUACAGGCAAAGCUACCACAUCAGGAUCGCAUCAUACAAGUUUGAUCUGUUCUGGCGAUUACUUAACGGCCCGAACCUGGUCCAGUAUCUCAAGGACAUGGCAAUUAGUGACUUUAAAGAUAGCACGGAGCGGCUUGAGAUUCCCACAAGGCGAAAGAGAAAGGAAGGGUAGGAGAGAGUCUGAGGAGCAGUUUUCAGGGCAUUGCCUAUGCUCGAGGCCAGCAGCUGCCGAAAGCCCACAGGUUUAUAAACCUAGCAUCCGAUAGGGCUAGAAUCUCUAGUAGAUAGUGUAGCUCAGUAGACAUCAUGUAUUCUCUCUCUACCU